UGUCAUCGCAGUCUAGUUCGGAAUUUCCUUUAAGAUUGUUCAAAAAAUAUAAGUGAAAGAAAGAUUUUUUCUCUACUGUGCUUAUUUUGAAAUAAAAGAACUCAAAAUGCAAAUUCGCUCCAUUGAAGAUGUCCCGCUGCUCAGCACCAAUUUGAGUAUCAUGAAAUUUUGGUCAUUUUUAUUGGAGCACAAUUGGCGUCGCUAUUUCGCCUUGAUUCCCUAUCUUUUCAUUAAUACCACCCAAUUUUUAGAUGUCUACUUUAGUACGGAACCAAUUGAUGCGAUUGUACGCAAUGCUUACAUUGCUGUACUAUUUUUUAAUACAAUUUUGAGAGCUGUCCUAUUGUGUGUUAAUCGUUUCGAAUAUGAAGGUUUUAUGGAAAAGAUACGUCUAUUGUAUAUUGAAUUGAUGAACUCUGAGGAUCCAGCAUUGAGGAAAAUGCUACAGGAAUGCACCGUAGCCUCAAGAUUUAUUUCGAAGGUUAAUCUCUUGAUGGGUUUUACAUCAUGUGUGGGUUUUAAUAUGUAUCCACUAUUUGCAACAUCGAAAGUUUUGCCAUUUGGCAUGUAUGUUCCGGGCGUGGACAAAUAUGAAUCACCCUACUAUCAGAUAUGUUUUCUCUUUCAAAUAAUUAUCACACCGGCAGGAUGUUGCAUGUAUAUACCAUUUACAAAUCUGAUUGUGUCCUUCAUACUCUUUGGCAUUUUGAUGUGUAAAGUUUUGCAACACAAGUUGAGAAAUCUGAAGGAUGUCAGUAGUGAAAAGGCGCGAACGGUUAUUGUGUGGUGUAUUAAAUAUCAGUUGCAGUUGAUCAAUUUUGUGGAUACCAUCAAUGAUUUGACAACCUUUACAUUUUUGUUUGAAUUUAUGGCCUUUGGAGCGAUGUUGUGUGCCAUGCUCUUUUUGUUGAUAAUUGUGGAAACGGUUGCUCAAAUGUGCAUUAUCUGCAUCUAUAUAUUUAUGAUUUUUGCCCAGAGUGUGAUCAUGUAUUACUUUGCAAAUGAAUUGUAUGAUCAAAGCUUGAAGGUGGCCAUUGCAGCCUAUGAAAGUAAUUGGUUCGAUUUUGAUGUCUCCACUCAGAAGACCAUUAAAUUGUUUAUAUUGAGGGCCCAGAAGCCGUGUGCCAUAUUAGUUGGCAAGGUCUAUCCCAUGAAUUUGGAAAUGUUGCAGUCGCUUCUAAAUGCCACAUAUUCCUAUUUUACAUUGCUCAAGAGGGUUUAUGGUUAAAUUUUUAAAUACAUAUUAACAUUUUAUUUCUUGUCUCUAUUAAAUCGCACCUUAGAACGCACUUAGACUAUAGAGUGCACCGCAAAAA